GUUAAUAAUUGUAUUAUUAUUUUGUACUUGGUACAUUAUUAAUGCUAAAAAAACUACAAUAACUACAACCAUAACUACAAAAACAACAACAAUGAUGACCACAACUGCUGUUAAAAUUGAUAAAAAUAAAACACAAGAUAAAUCUAUUAAUCAAACGGAGUCGUCUAAAACUAUUGGUGACGGACUGGAAAGAUUGAAAAAGUUGAUUGAUGAAUUUACCAAAAGUUUCAAAGCUAUAGUAAAAGAGCAUGCUCAAAUUACAGACAUGAAUAAAUUACCUAAAGAUUUGCAAAAAUUUUUUGAACAAACAAAAAAAUUUAUUGAAAAACAUUUUAACAAAAUUAAUAUUAAACAAUUGAUCAGUAGUACGAUUAGUAUUGUUAAAAAGUUUGCCACAAAACUCAAUUUAACAUAUAAUACCAAAUCUAAAGAUACAACAACAACAACAAAAACAACAACAACACCGAAAAGUGAUGGACAGUCGACCACACAAAGUGAUGAAUACUCAACAUCAGAGAGUAGUGAAUCUUCAACUGAAGAAAGUACUGAACAGUCAUCUGAUAGUACAGAAUCUUCAACACAACAAAGUACUGAAUCUGAGUAAUGAAUCUUGAAUUUGAUAAAAUGAUAAACAGUUAAAAUACGGUAUAUUAAGAAAAUUCAAUUUACGA